AUGUCCAUGCCCGCCGUCAAGCUUCUACUCGUCGUCACGAUCCCGCUAAGCGCGCCGCACCCGCCCUCCGACGCGUUCACCAGAUCUCAGAACUCCGUCUUUGCCUUGCAGCAGACCAUAGGUGCAGAGUCCGCCUCGAACAUGGACGUGCUGAAGAUCACGUCAAGUCGUUCAAGCAUCCUGGGCCGACGACGCCGGAUCCAGCGGGUAUCGCUGCGGCCUCCACUACUUCUACACGUCGUUGAUGGGCAAUCUUUGGAGCUCGUAACCAGGAGACACAGCCAUCUCGCCGGGCUUUUGCUUCGCGCUCAUGCUGUCUAG